GAACUACAAAAAAGAGGCCUCUCUCUCUGUCUCAGCUGGAGUGCCUGGUCCACCCUGCCAAGCACAAUAACACUCACCACCCCGUUCCCAGAAAAGUAGGACUGUUCUACUAACUUAGCAACGGGCUCCCCCGUCCUCGUCAUCAGAGGGUGGACAGGCCCGAGACUCAUUGUCCUAGUCUGCUUGGCAACUCUCGGAAACUCGUGAGUUCCCACUGAAGAAGAAGGCCCGUGUUCCUGACAGCUUUUCGAUGAGAAGGGCUUUUAGAUGGCUUUCUCUUGAGGACAAGGAGCGCAGAACCGAGCACCGUUUCUGCGAGUACCAUCGAGAACUCUCCACCCAGCGAGCGAGGUCGGUCGAGCAACGGAACAGUAGCUUCCAAAGCCUGAAUGGAACAGGAAGACGGAACACGCUUCUCCCAUGAAUGGUCCUUUUGUUUAUCCUGGUGACACCGAAUACCUGAAGACAACCACACAUAUUCCACAUACGUACAUGGACAACCCAUGUCCAAGAGUUAUUUUCAAGAGAUUCUUAGUCUAGGACCACAAUGCUUGAACCCAACCUUGAACACGAAGCUCGAUUGAACGUGGAACCCAGCAGUCAGCCUAGUAGCUUCUUGAACCAGCUCCCGAGUCAUCUCCCAGUGGUUUCGACAGGUUCAGACUAUGAGCUAGCCUACUCAUCGUCCUCGUCGAGCCAUUCUCCACCUCUCAGUGCCAAAGUGACGUAUAGCCAAUUGGGGCAAGGUUCGAUUUUCUCCGUGCCCAAAACAUUCUGCGGUUACGAGAGCUCCAAGGAUUCGCUUGUUGUGUCAAUUUACGAAUUUCUAAAGACCUUCAUGAGAACAUUCGCCGGAACCCCUGUGGACGUUCAAUCGCAUACGUUGAUUGAAAUCUUUGACCAAUGCACUGGUUCGCAAAGGCCAAUGGGGAAAGAUGGUUGAACACUAGUUGUUCUUCCCGUCUUCCUCCAUCGCAGAAUUGUUGCGCACAUCUUGUCUGUAGGGAGCCAUAAGGGUUGGUUUUCGGGUUGGUAGACGAAGAGAAUUCCUGCUACCAACCUGUUUGUAUGGACCGAUCGGCGUUAGACUUUCCUGGCUUAACCAAGGGCAACGGAGGACCCUUCGCAUCAAUCCGAACCGGGUCCGAACCGUCGCAAGAGCCUCCUCCUCCUCGUCCAGAGUGCCACGUUCAUCUGUCUCUCUCUAUAUCGGCUUAGUGUCUCUGCCGUCUGUACGCGAAACGCCAUGGACGAGUCCCCACUGAGCCCGUUCCGGCCGUGGCAAAGCGGGGAACGCACAGAGAACAUAGAAGAGAGAGGGGAAGGAGACGGAGAUGGCUUGCUUGCUCUGCUUGCUAACUUACUCGCUCUGAAUGAAGCCUGAAGAAUGAGUUGGUGGAGCUUCAGUUUCGCAUUGACCCUUGAACAAGAUAAAAGUGAUCAAAGAGUCAGGAAUGAAAAGGAUGCGAUCGGUUAUAGUGGAGUCGAAGUUGAGAGAGCUGCUCGAGUCCCCUCAGCACGAGGACAUGGUGCCCAAGGCCCUCAGAGUGUCUCCCGAGUUCGAGGAUUUGAACAACUUUGAUGUCUUGCGGAUUUGGUCUAAGAACGACU